AUUGCAACUGUCAUUGAGUCUCCAUGACAACACGGCUCUGGCUAAAAAUCGCGUAAAUAAAAAUAAAUUUUAAUUGAUUCUAAGAUAACAUUGCAGAGUUAUUACUUAAAAUAAUGUCUGAAACUAAAACAGAAACCAAUAAAGAAGAUACUGCUAACAAUAAUACAAGUACGGAACAAAAACCAGUCGAUGACAAACAAAUAAAACUUAAUAACAAACUAAAAGACAAACUCAGGAAAUAUAUCAAAAAGUUGGAUGAAACAGGCACAAGCAUAACAAAAGAAGAAAGCAUAAAGCUAGAAGUGGACACAUUCAAGCAGCUUUACAAGCCCAAACUAGCUGGUAACGAGCAAUCAUACAAAAACAUACCAAAAUUCUACUUCAAGCUACCACGCCCUGAUGACACACUGGCCCAGAAGUUACGAGAAGAGACAAGAGCUCAGUUCUUACAGAAGAAAAGCAAAGAAUUGCUUGAUAACAGUGAAUUGAAACAUCUUUGGAGUUUGUUGGAGAAGAGUAAUGGGAAUAGUACCGUGACCAAUAAUGAUGAGCUCAUUAUUGAUUACUUUCAGUUUAAGAAGAUUAGAGACGAAGCGGGGCCUAAGUAUAAGCCAUAUUUCACAGCAGAAGUGUUCGGUCGCCUCCAAGCGGCUGAAGGUGGAGUGGGGCGAGUCCGAGCAGUCUCGCUGUUCAAUUACGUCAUGAGGAGAGUGUGGCUGCAGCAGACCAGGAUCGGACUGUCUCUGUAUGAUGUCACCGGACAGGGAUAUUUGACUGAGCAUGAUCUAGAAAGCUACAUAGCCGAGCUAGUACCGUCGCUCGCAGCUCUAGACGGUCUAGACUCGUCAUUCAGUUCGUUCUACGUGUGCACAGCUGCGAGGAAGUUCCUGUUCUUCCUCGAUCCUCUGAGAGUGGGGAGGGUCAGGAUACGAGAUGUGUUGUCCUGUUCGUUUCUUGAUGAUUUGUUAGAGCUAAGAGAAGAAGACUUGCCAAUGGAACUUCAGGAACAGAACUGGUUCAGCGCGGCGUCAGCUCUGCGUGUGUAUGGACAGUACCUCAACCUGGACAGAGACCAUAAUGGCAUGCUCAGCAUUAAUGAGUUGGCUAGCUACGGCUCAGGCACGUUAACCCGUGCAUUUCUCCAACGUGUCUUCCAACAGUGCCUCACCUACGACGGCGAGAUGGAUUACAAGACAUACCUAGACUUAGUGCUAGCGUUAGAGAAUAGGAAGCAGCCGGCAGCACUGGCGUAUCUGUUCAGAGUGUUGGAUAUUAACUGUGUGGGCUACCUUGAUGCAUUCACGCUGAAUUAUUUCUUUAAGGCAAUACAAGAGCAAAUGAUAGCCCACGGCGCGGAACCAGUGAACUUCGACGACGUGAAAGACGAGAUCUUCGACAUGAUCCGACCUUCAGAGCCGUCCCGCAUCACGCUGGCAGACCUGGUGAGGAGUGGGCAUGGACACACCGCUGUGUCCAUCCUGCUGGAGCUGCACGGCUUCUGGGCUUACGAGAACAGGGAGGCACUGGCUGCCGCCGGGGACCAUGCCUGACGACCGACCCUGCUUAGGGAUGGCUGAAGAACUGUGUGUUUAAAAUGCUUAAAGGCAAUAUAUGACAGAUAAGUUUAUAUCAAGAGGCCUGGUAUCAAACGCCAAUUUGAACAAAUAUAAAUACAGAUUUAUAAGUUCAGGGAAGCAGCACAUAUGUUACUCAUUCAUGAAAAAGUCAUUCAACUGGUGUAUUUCAUUUUUGGCUUCACCAACCACCUUCCAAGGAGCGUAGUGACUUGAAAAUUAUCAUUCGUAUGUAGUUCUGAUGACAAUACUAUAUGGUACUGUCGUACUGGUCUGAUGAUGGAGACUGAAGAUAUGAACUGGAACUUCAUGAUGGAAUAUCGUAUCAAAGCUGUGUUUAGACUUGUUAGAAAAGUUUUAAAUUGAACUUUUUCCAGUUUUACGUGCAUUUAUAAAAGCUUGUUUUUCUAAACUAUUAAUUUAUUUUUGUGUGAAUAAUACUGUUGAGAAGUGAAAAUUGUAGGAAAUUGUGACUGGGUGUAUGAACACUUUUGUAUACAAUAUAGUUUAGUUCUGAGAUUUGAAUAAAUUAAUUAAAAUGAAAUGUUGCAAAUAAUGUUGAAUGUUCCUAAAUCCAGAUAUUUUAAAAUGUUGAACUUGAGAAAGUUUUCAAUAAAACACGAUGAAUUCUGAAAGAAUAAUUAUAAUAACUUGAAAUAUAUAAUAUAAAAACAAUGUGUAUAUAAAAUAACAAUUGAUAACUUGUAAAUAUAAAUAUCAUAUAUCUAUACAUUGCGAUUUUCUUUUUAUUGUACUUAUUGACAUUAAAGCUUACUAUUACGCAAAUUAAAUUAUUGUUGAUUUGAAUAACAAUUAUAAAAUAAUAAAAUGUUUCUUAUAAAAUAAUAUUGUA